CUUUCUUCCUUAUCAACUUCAUCUUCUUCACAUUGAGUUUCAUAUUGAACUUGGUUUCGCGUUUGAUCUUCUCUGCUAUUGCCCAUCUUCUAGUGUUAUUCAUCCAUGGAUUCAAAGCACCAGGCCAAGCCACUCUUGGUGCAUUACAACAAUCGUCAGUGGUCAUCAAAUCAGGCUUUCAGUACUUGUUGGAGGUCAUAAUGGAAUCAACAAGUGGUCUAGUUUCUACCUUAUUUAAUUAUGUAAUAGAAUGUCUCACAGGAACUGCUUCAGUUUCUACUUCAGCAAUUGGAGGUCUCAUUGAGAAAACAAAAGAUUCGCUUGACCAGCUCAUGGAUUUCUCAGAGGUUUUUGAGGGAGUUCCUGGUAUGGUUUUAGAAAUGGUGAUGGAUCUGUGGAACAAUUGCAAGGAUGCUUUAGGAUAUGUUACUGAGAAUGCUUGAAAUAUACUGUGUAAAUAUAUAUACUUCUUUGGUUGUAGAACUAGUCACAUCCAUUCGGAUCAACUGCAAUUAUUUUCUCUUCUUUUCUGUUUCCUCAUUUUUAUCAAUGAAGGAAAGAAAAUACUAGUAUUGCAUGGCAAGUCUUGUAAAGGAUUAGUGGAAUACUAGUAUAUACAUGUCCCUUAGUUCACUCUAUGCAUCUUCACUAUACCAAGCCAAGCCUGGCCUACAGUCCUGUUCUUUUUAUCACUAGAAUUGAUUUACUACUUGCAGGAUCAGAAAAGCAGUUGAUUGCUUUCUUGUAUUCUACUCUUGCUCUUAGUUUGGCUUAUAUUACCAAAACCAUUUAUUUCAAGUUUUCAACUCUUAUAAUAGUAUAAACAAUAUUACAGAACAAUGAAAAGUAUCGUUGGUGUUUGUAAUUUAGUUACACGUCCGGCCGCUAUAAAACUCAAAACCCCCUUUCAGAAAUCUUGCAGCUCUCCUCUCUCUUUCUCUCUGGCAGGUUUCUGUCUUUGGGUUUAUCAGGGCAGCAAUGUCAGAGAAGCUUAUGCAUGCGGUUCAGUACGAUGGUUAUGGUGGAGGAACUUCUAGUUUAAAGCAUGUUGAGGUUCCAACCCCAACUCCAAUCAGAAAUGAGGUUUUGGUUAAAUUGGAAGCAGCAAGUAUAAAUCCAGUUGAUUGGAAAAUUCAGAAAGGCCAGCUUCGGCCUCUUUUCCCAUUAAAUUUCCCUUUCAUACCUCUAACUGAUGUGGCUGGAGAAGUUGUAGAGGUGGGAGAAGGAUUCAGAAAGUUCAAAGUGGGUGACAAAGUUGUGAUAAUGCUCAACCAUUUUUAUGGAGGAGGGCUGGCCAAAUUUGCUAUAAGUAAUAAGAGAUUGAUGGUUGCUCGGCCUCCUGAAGUUAGUGCAGCCGAAGGUGCAGGCUUACCUGUGGCUGGUCUCACAGCUCACCAGGCUGUCACACAAGCUGCAGGGAUCAAGCUAGACGGCACUAGCCAGAAGCAGAAGAACAUAUUGAUCACUGCUGCCUCUGGUGGAGUUGGUCACUAUGCAGUUCAACUAGCAAAGCUCGGUAACGCUCAUGUUACCGCCACAUGUGGAGCUCGCAACAUUGAGUUGGUGAAGAGCUUAGGGGCAGAUGAGGUUCUUGACUACAACACCCCUGACGGGGCUGCUCUAAAUAGUCCAUCUGGUCGGAAAUAUGAUGCCGUGAUCCACUGUGCAACCGGCAUUCCUUGGUCUACUUUUGAGCCUAACUUGAGUGCCAAGGCGAAGGUCAUAGACAUCACUCCUGGUCCUAGUGCCUUCUCUACUUGUGUUCUGAAGUUGCUAACUUUGUCCAAAAAGAAGUUGGUGCCUCUGAUGUUGUAUCCCAAGACUGAGAAUUUGGAGUAUCUUGUGAAGCUGGUGAAGGAAGGGAAGCUGAAGACGGUUAUCGACUCGAGGCAUCCUCUAAGCAAGGCUGAAGAUGCUUGGGCUAAGAGUGUUGAAGGCCAUGCUACUGGAAAGAUCAUUGUGGAGAUUAACUAGCUAGUAGAACAUGUGUAAGAGUUGGUAUGUAAUAGAAGUAUAGAACAAGGGAUACAUUAUGUAUGUAUACAUUGAUGUGAUCUGAUUUCAUUUGA